CCCGCCCAAACUCCACCCCAGGGAAGGCGUCGCGGAUAAAGGCUCUGGGGCCGCCCGCCUAGCCCAGACCCGCACGGCCACCUCUCACUACAACCCGCACGCAGGUCGUCGGGAGCAGGGGUGACCCAGGACCUACGGCGCCCGAUCUUGCGAGCGGCGGCUGCGGCUGUUGCUAAGGGAAGGGACGCGCGAGGUAGCAAGACCCGAGAGGGAUCCAGGCACCGUGCGAACCGGGAGAGCUCGCCCCCUCUCUGUAGGACCCUCCCUGUGCUGUGCCCAGGUCGCCAUCCUCCGCCCUUGAAACCGGAUCGCAGACCCCACCCCGGGGCGCAACCUAAGGAUCCCACGCGACCCCAGAGCACCACUCGGAUUCUUGCUUGCCGGCUCAAUCGCUAACGUUGGGACCUUCCCCAAGGAGCGCACGCACUGCUGUCCCGGAGCGCCCGCAGAGCGGAGGAGGACCUCAUUUCGGCGGGGGAGUCGGGGCGAGGAUUGGAGGCGACCCGCGCGGACCCCAGUCCUCCCGCGCGCGCCGGGGAUGGAGCCGCAGCCCGGCGGUGCCCGGAGCUGCCGGCGCGGGGCCCCCGGCGGCGCCUGCGAGCUGAGCACGGCCACGGAGUCGGCCGCACCCAUGAGCCUGGCGAUCCACAGCACCACGGGGACCCGCUAUGACCUGUCGGUACCCCACGACGAGACCGUAGAAGGGCUUCGCAAAAGGUUGUCCCAACGCCUCAAAGUACCCAAGGAACGCCUAGCGCUACUUCACAAAGACACCCGGCUCAGUUCGGGGAAGCUGCAGGAAUUCGGCGUGGGGGAUGGGAGCAAGUUGACGCUCGUGCCCACGGUGGAAGCUGGCCUCAUGUCUCAGGCCUCGAGGCCGGAACAGUCCGUUAUGCAAGCUCUGGAAAGUUUGACCGAGACCCAGCCCCCAGCGACACCCGGGCCAGGCCGGGCUGCCGGAGGAGGCUUCCGGAAAUACAGAUUGAUUUUAUUUAAGCGUCCGUGGCACCGACAGGGACCCCAGAGCCCAGAGAGGGGCGGCGAGAGGCCCCAGGUCAGUGAUUUUUUGUCAGGCCGCUCACCUUUGACCCUGGCCCUACGAGUCGGGGAUCACAUGAUGUUUGUACAGUUGCAACUGGCCGCCCAACACGCCCCACUCCAGCACCGCCAUGUGCUAGCAGCAGCCGCCGCAGCCGCCGCCGCCGCCCGGGGAGAUUCUGGUGUAACCACGCCAGUGUCCUCGCCCUGUAGGCCAGUGUCCAGUGCUGCCCGUGUCCCCCCAGUAUCCAGCAGUCCUUCACCAGUGUCCCCCUCCCCCGUCACCGCUGGUUCCUUCCGGUCCCAUCCAGCUUCCACAGCCUGUCCUGAGCAGAUGGGCUGUUCGCCACUGGCCAGCAGUAGCAGCAGCAACGCCCCAUCGACCCCAGGCAGCAGCCCCACUCCCCGCUCCCGCAAACCUGGCGCCGUCAUCGAAAGCUUCGUGAACCACGCCCCAGGGGUCUUCUCAGGGACCUUCUCUGGCACACUGCACCCCAACUGCCAAGACAGCAGUGGGCGGCCACGACGAGACAUCAGCACCAUUCUGCAGAUACUCAAUGACCUCCUAAGUGCCACGCGGCAUUACCAGGGCAUGCCACCCUCGCUGACCCAGCUCCGCUGCCACGCCCAGUGCUCACCUGCCUCACCAGCCCCUGACCUCGCCCCCAAAACUACCUCCUGUGAAAAACUGGCGGCCACAUCUCCCUCCUCCCUGCUCCAGGGCCAGAGCCAGAUCCGAAUGUGCAAGCCUCCUGGGGAUCGACUGCGACAGACGGAGAACCGUGCCACACGCUGCAAAGUGGAACGCCUCCAGCUGCUGUUACAGCAGAAACGCCUUAGAAGGAAGGCACGGCGGGACGCUCGGGGUCCUUAUCACUGGCCCCCCAGCCGCAAAGCUGGCCGGAGUGACAGCAGCAGCAGCGGGGGCGGAGCUAGCCCCGGUGAGGCCGCAGGCUUGGGCCUCGACUUUGAGGACUCCGUUUGGAAGCCUGAAGUAAACCCGGACAUCCAGUCCGAGUUUGUGGUGGCUUAAAGGAAUCCAGUCCCUUUGGGUCUGUCACAUCCCAGACCCCAGACACGCUGGGGCACCGGGGAAGCCACAGCCUGGACGCUGAGCGACCCAGCCCUGGGGGGCAGGAGGUCACUCCAUUCCCACUCACCAGCCUUUC